CUUCCUACAGCCACAAGAACCUCAUUUUUUAGGUUUCCCACCACCAGAUGAAGCAAACUUACAUCAAGAACAUGUUGGGCAAGAGUUUCAACAAGGAGACCAAGCAGUGGAAAUGCGAGGGCUGUAUUGCCUUCGGGUCUGACACCUGCCCUUCUGAGCUGGGCCCGGAAGUCGACGAGCUCUCCUACGAUGUCUGGGAUUAUUCUGAGAUCGAUGACGAGAAGGAGGAGAAGAUGGCCCAGAUUCUGGAGGAGAGGGCCUCUGCUAAGGACAAGGCCGCUCCCUCCAACGCCUCUCCGGAGGAGUAAACCAAGCUAUAUAGAUUGGUUUAGUUUGAAGAAGGAACUGGUCGUGGAUUUGACCGGGACUCAUCCCGGAUCAAAAACUCAACAGAAUGGCUGUGAUCUCCUCGCACUUCAAAGUCACAGCCACAAGAACAAGCUUGGGGCUUCCCAAUGCAGAUGGCGAAGAGCUUUGUCCUUGGCCAAAGGAGAACUACGAAUACAGUGGCAUCAAUAGCAUGAACCCUCUGACCUGGCCAAUUGCGGGACUUAAGAGGAAGAAUCAUUGUGGUGAUGAGGCAGAGGAAGCACCAGAGAGAAAAGAAGCGAUGCUUGCAAGAAAAGCAGAAACGACAAAGAAAAGAAAAGAAGCGAACCUAAGAACGAAGCGGUUCUUCUGCAAAGAUUGCACUAGUGCCUUCAAAGAACAAUGUCAUUUGAACGACCACUACCGGACGGAAAAGCACAAAAAAGCCGCCGGGCUUGAAGUUGAGGAAGCCACAUCCUCUCACCAACCUCUCAGUCCAUCAGCAGUCUAUUGGGCUUCUUAUCGAUACUGGGCUACCGCGGAUCCGAACACAGCCGAAAUGACUUCAAGGUGUUUUGACUGAAUCUGGAAAAGUCUUAAAAAGUGGAAGGUCGAGGUGAAAUUUAUCCAUGCCAAAAAAUCCUAACUCUAACAUGUAGUAGACCCAAACGUUUUGUGUCGUUUCCUGUCGAGCUUUCUUUGCGCCUCUCAACGCUCUUUAUCCUUUCAUCCUUUCUUCCAAAUUCAC